UUCAAUCCCAUCACUUCCCCAGACUCCCAUCUUCCCUCAAACGUCCUCCCCUUCCUCGUAUCUCCUCCGAAGAAUCCUGCAUUUAUCUCCAUCUAAUCUCAAUUCAUAUUCCAGUUGUGACGCUCCCUCGUCACCAUGUCCGAGACCCUGCUCAAGCCGGAGAAGGACUUCUCCAAGGAUGCUGACAAGCUGAUCCCAGAGGCCGAACAGCUUGCCAAGACCGAUGUGCAGGGUGCCAUUGACAAGCUCCUCGUAUUGGAGAAGCAGGCAAGACAAGCCUCGGAUCUUGCCACAACAUCCCGCCUCCUUAUUACCAUCGUCACAAUCAGCAAGAACUCGGGUGAUUGGACCCUCCUGAACGACCAAGUCCUUCUGCUGUCCAAGAAGCAUGGCCAGCUCAAGCAAGCCGUAACGAAGAUGGUCCAGGUGGUGAUGGGAUUCUUGGAGGAGACACCAAACUUGGAGGUCAAAUUGUCCAUCAUCCACACGCUGCGGACUGUGACUGAAGGAAAGAUCUUCGUCGAAGUCGAGAGAGCUCGCGUGACCCGCAUCCUUUCCAACAUCAAGAAGACCCAGGGUGACCUGAACGCCGCCGCCGAUAUCCUCUGCGAAUUGCAAGUCGAGACGUUCGGAUCCAUGACCAGACGGGAGAAGACAGAAUUCAUCUUGGAGCAGGUUGCCCUAUGCAUAGAACGGGGUGACUGGACACAGGCCACUAUCCUCAGCCGCAAGAUCAACAAGAGAUACUUUUCCCGCAAGCCGAAGAAGACCGCCGAGGAAAUCGAGAAGCUGAAGAAGGAGGCUGAGGAGAAGGAGAAGACGCGUGGACCGGAAGAGGCACCGAUGGAAGUUGAUGACGACGUGACCGACUUGAAGCUCCGCUACUACGAACAACAGAUUAUCCUCGCCAACCACGACUACAAAUACUUGGAAGUUUGCAAGCACUACCGCGAGGUCUUGGAUACGGAGUCGGUGGAGAGCAAUCCGGAGCAACUGCGCGCCGUUCUUGCUCGGAUCGUCUACUACAUCGUCCUGUCCCCCUACGACAACGAACAGUCGGAUCUGCUGCACCGCAUUCAGCAGGACUCGCGGCUCUCCCUGGUACCUGUGGAAGGCCGGCUCGUCAAGCUCUUCACCAUCCACGAGCUGAUGCGCUGGCCGAUGGUGGGCGAGCAGUUCGGUCCCCACCUCUGCAACACGGACGUCUUCAGCGCGCAGGCGAGCCAGUCGGCAGAGGACCAGCCUUACCGGAGGUGGCAGGACCUGCGCAAGCGGGUGAUCGAGCACAAUGUGCGGGUGGUGGCCAAGUACUACACGCGCAUCCAGAUGGGACGGCUGACGCAGCUACUGGACCUGUCGGAGGAUGAGACGGAGAAGUACAUCAGCGAGCUGGUGUGUUCGAAGACGAUUUACGCGAAGAUUGACCGUCCGGCGCGGUUGGUCAACUUCGCCAAGCCGCGCGACGCGGACGACGUGCUGAACGAAUGGAGCAGCGACAUGAAGAGCCUCCUGGGGCUCCUGGAGCGGAUCGACCACCUGAUCACGAAGGAGGAGAUGAUGGCGCGGAUCCUGCCCUCGCGGGGCGAGAAGGGCAAGGCUCGGUAGAGCCUAUAUGUUGAUAGAAGCCGUACACUGACGAUAGUAGAAUGGAACCACUGAUGAGUCGAACAAUGCAUG